CGGCACGCUCUGCGCAUGCGCACCUCCACACGCUGCCACCACCGCCCCGCCCCUCGGCGCUCAUUGGUGCGUGGGGAUGAAUGGGGCCGCGCGGCUCCCUCCCUCCCUCCGCACUUCGGCUCCCUUCGGCUCCCUUCGGCCUGCGCUCGGCUCCCCCCGGCAUGGCAGCGGCGGCGGGCAGGCGAGGGCCCGUGCGCGUUCUGGCGGCGGGUGUCGGGCGGCGAGGAGCGGCGGCUGCUGGAGCUGCUGGCCUACGGGCUGGUGGCGCUGGGCGCCGGCUCCGCGCUGCUGCUGCGCUUCGUGCCCAUGCCCUACGGCCGCUACUCGUCGCCGCGCUUCGGCUGCCCGCUGCCCGCCCGGCCCGCGUGGGCGCUGCAGGAGCUGCCCUCGCUGCUCGUCCCCCUCGCCCUGGCCGCCUGCGGGGCCGCCGCCGGCCGCUGGCCCAACCGCCUGCUGCUGGGCGGCUUCGUGCUGCACUACCUGCACAGGGCGCUCAUAUUUCCCUUCCUGAUCCGGCAAGGAAAGCCAACGCCGUUUUUCACCUUCCUGCUGGCGCUCCUCUUCUGCGUUUACAAUGGGUACUUGCAAGGACGAAGCUUAAGCAACUAUGCGGAAUACCCCUCAGGCUGGCUAAAAGAUCCCUGUUUCAUUGCAGGUUUUAUAGGGUGGCUGGUUGGCAUGGCAAUCAAUAUUCAUUCUGAUCAUAUUCUUAGAAAUCUGAGAAAACCAGGGGAAACUGGUUACAAGAUACCAAGAGGAGGAAUGUUUGAGUAUGUCAGUGGAGCCAACUUUUUUGGAGAGAUCCUGGAAUGGUUUGGGUUUGCCCUUGCCUGCUGCACCAUCGAAAGCCUUGCAUUUGCAUUGUGUACACUUUUUAUCUUGGGCUCUAGGGCAAAGCAACACCAUCAGUGGUACCUUGAGAAAUUCGAAGACUACCCAAAGGAUAGAAAAAUUCUGAUUCCAUUUGUGUACUAACAGAUGCUUUGAAUACCAUCAGGUUCUGGUGGUAACGCUGUUUUUGAAAUGGUUACUUUUUGGAACACCUAACACUUCACAAGUGUUAGCCAGUUAACAUACUCUGUUCGCUAGUGACAAAGCCUUGUGCUGCUAGUAGUUACUGCUUUUCUUCGUAAUGAAACCCCCAAAUCUGGUGGACAUGGUGAACAGGAACAAAGGUGCUUUUGCAACAACACAGCACUGUUGUGAAUACGUAAGGCAAGGUGACUGAUUUCACAUUGUGGAAACUACUGUACAAGGUUUCUGAUGUUUUAUUUUCAGCCUGUAGAGUGUUUGGGUAUUACUCAUCUGAUCUAGCCAUGUCCUGAGGAUUGUGCUAUGAGCCCAGUCACCCUUAGUGUAUAAUUUGGCUGGUGCGUUUGGCCUUUUAGUUGCCUGCAUACACAAAUGGGGUUGAUUUGUCUUGCCUUCCUAAUUUUUUUCCCCUUGCCCCCAUUUCCAGGAGAACUGAUGCACAGCAAAGACAUUGAAUGAAUAUAGUUGCUGUUAGGCAAGAAACGUUCCUUCUCUCUGCAUUCUUGCACAGAUAUGAAUGCUAUAUAGGUAAAAUGUAAUACUGUUUACAACAAUAGCUGUAGUGGUAAUUCUCCCAAAUAACUGAUUUAGUCAUCUACCUCUAACUUCAUAACUAUCUCAAAUAAUACUCAACAUGUGUUUUUUGCAUUCAGCACUAUUUUUAGAGGAUAUUUUUUUAUUAAGGGUACUCACUACAGUCUAGCACUGUUAACAAUUCUUUGUAAUAUUUUCUAAAGGUUUUUACAGAAUUUUCUUACUAUGCAGUUUUAAAGUCUGUCUUUUCCUGUUGAUGGUCUAGUUGAUUCUUAUAUUCAAAUUUUGGAAUCUUUUAGUGCUUCUUUCUUGUUUCAUAAAUGUUAGUUCUCGCACUGCUAUUUUUUUUUUCCUGAAGGAACCCAGAGGGAUUUCAAAGACAUGAUAGGAUCUCAAGUAUACAGACUUCUGAGUUUUGGACACAUCUAUGUCCUUUGAAUAUUUGUGAUAUUAAAGAGUUUUUUAGAAUUGCGGAGAAGUCAGGUUUUCUGCAGAAACCCUCAAGGAAAAAAACGAACUGCUGCAAAUGUAUUUUGGAAAUCUAUGGAAAUCAAAAACAAAUUGAUAAUAGAACUUUAUUAGAUGUUGAGUGUUCCAGUAUGGUAUUGUGUUAAGCUUUGUCCAUCCAGUGUUCAAAAUUCUUUCUUUGCUAUGACCUACAUGGCUGUAGUAAUCCAUGUAAUAUGAGGGUGGAACUUUUACUUUUCUAAUCUUAAAUAUUUUCUUUUAAAAAGUACAUUCAGGAAAUGGGCAGUGAAAAAGGACUCUUCCACCCAAGAUUUUUCUUAACAGUGGUGUCUUCCUGCUUUCCUUCUUGUAACUGUUAUACAGUACUUAGUGCACUGAAGUCUUGCCUAACAUCAAGGAUUUACUCAGUGAUGAAAAAUGUAACACGUUUUAUCAUUACUGACUGAAAUAGUCAAAGGAUGGAGGGGAGAGAAGCUGUCACUCAUACCAUGAUGAUAACUUAUCCUACAGCUAAGCCAUCGGACUGCCAGUUGCUCCUCACAGCGAUGACCAGUUACUGCCUCAGCUGAUAUCCAGGAAGUCUAGCUCAUGGAGAGUCUAGGAAUACCCACUCCUUUGAAGUUAGUGUCAGUUGGCACAUUGCUUGGUUCUCAAAUUGUUUCAUCUUUUAUUUGAUGUUUAUGUCUUUUAUGUCUUUUCUUGGUGUUUUACAGGAAACUUGAGGCUUUCCUUUUUAUUUAUUUUUUUGUUAUCAUGCUUUAAUGCAACAUUUGAUCCUAUGUGUUGUGAUGAAAGUUGGUCAUGAAGCCUCUCAGGGAAAGGAUGACUUACCCUCAGUGGAGCUAGAGAAUAACAGUUCAAUAGGAUCACUUAAAGCUGAAGAGAAUCACUAAGUCUGAAGAUAAUUUUAGGAACUGUUUUAAUUUCCAGGUGUUUCUAAGCCCUUCAUGCAGCAUGGUAGUUCUUAAAUACUGAUAUCUAAGCCAUCCAGUUAUCAAUAUCUGUUUUAAAAGAGCAAAACGUAUCAGCAUCUCAUCUAGGGGUUUAAAGACUUGCAUGGUUUACAGUGAACUAAUAUUUAUGUUUUGGGGUUAGUUUAAAAAAACACAACUAAAGGUACAACCAUUUAUUAUAUAUUAUAGUCUUUAUUAUUGUUUACAGAAAACUUUUAUCGAUGUCUCAGUUUUGUUCUGGUUCUAUACUGUUAAGUGUUUAUCUCGACAAAAAUUUAACUGGCUUAAAUUAACUGUUAAUUUAUGGUUUAUAUAAAGGGGAAUGAAGGUCUGAAACAUGGUGCUCUAAGGGUUUAUUGGUGUUUUUUUAUUUACUUCUUACAGAGAAGGAAACACUAAGUUGUAUGGGAUGUAAAUGUCAAUGUAUUUGGAAAUUCUAGUUAACUGCAAUAUUAAAAAAUAUAGAAGGCUUUGGUUUUUUUGUUUAUAUUUUAUAUUCUAAUUAUACUGCUGGAACCUGUCACAAUUACAGAAUUUUAUUUAAUCACAUUACGGAAUUUUAUUUAAGGCAGUUCAUUCUAAUAUAUCAUACAGUAUACCAAGGUGAACAGCAUUGGUGGUGAAAACCAUAUAAUCAAUUUGCUCAGUUCUAGAAAUGUCUCUUACUUAAA